AUGGAUACUCUGGAGAAACUCAAAGAUAUAUUAGAAGAAUCCAAAGAUGAUACUAAAGAAAUGGUAUGUAGAAAAGUUGAAAACUUUCUUAUAGAAAAAUACAGACAAAAUAAUGUUAAAAAAUAUUAUUUUGAAUCUGACAAAAAAUUGACCUCUAAACGGGAUUGGUUAGUGCCUUUAGAAAAUUUGAUGGACCUCUCGAAACAGUACAAGUUUCCAAUUGCUAAAACCAUCUUGGACUAUUAUAGUGAUGAGUCAUUGGAAUUAGUUGGUGAAGAUGAAGUAAGUUCCCCUGCUUCUAAUUCUGAUGGUAACAAAGGAGUUAAAUCUGAUGACUCCAAGAUUGCUGAAUGUGAAAUAAAUGCUCCCAAAGAAUAUAAUGAAAACGAUUUUCCUCUUGAAAAAGACCCUUUUUAUGAUGUAAUUGACGAGGAUGAUUCUUUUGAUUCAGGCAAAGAAUUCGAUGAUUACUGGCCAGGAGAUGAGGACUGGAUUGAGCCUAAAUAUGUUCCUGAAGACUUUGUGGCCCAGCCUGUUUAUUAUGAAAGAAAUUCAUUCCGUCCAAAUUCAUUGCAGUUUCACCAUUCCUUUGGUUAUGAUAGUCACAGAAGGAGUAACUUAGUUGUGAUGGAUAACAACUCAAUUAUUUAUCUUUCUGGAAAUUAUAUUCACAUUUUUAAUGUUUUAACUGGAUCAUUGAAUUAUUUACGUAGCUCUGGUGGUACUGGCUUAGGUCACUGUACUAAACAUCCAUCUGAACCUAUAUUUGCUGUAGGAGAAAGAGGCAUUCAGCCGCUUAUACUCAUUUAUGAAUUUCCAACACUGAAAGUGUUAAGGGUUUUGAGAGGUGGUGCUGAUGAAGGUUAUAAUUAUCUUUGUUUUAGCCCUAACGGUAAAUGGUUACUUUCUCAAGCUUCAAAACCAGAUAGUACACUGACUGUUUGGAAUUGGAAUAUGGAAAGAAUUGUUUUGAAGCAACCCAAUUUAAAUAGGGAAGUUUGGAAAGCAGAAUACAAUCCUUUUGUAUUUGGAGGCAUUAUCGCAUCAGGUUUGCAGCAUAUAACAUUUUGGAAAUUGAUAGAAACAUUCACUGGCCUGAAACUAAUCCCAACAUACGGAAAGUGGGGUGAAAGGGAUUUUUCUGACAUACAUACCUUCUGUCCAUUCCCCAAUGGCAUGGUUAUUUCUUCUAACUCGAAAAACACUUUGUAUCUUUGGGAAGGAGAUGAAAUUACAAUGGAGAUCACAAGAAAGAAUAAUCGUCCUCUGCAUGAUGAUGAGAUAGUGUACUUGGAAUUCAAAGAAAAAUAUGAUGAAAUUUUCACUGUUGGACGUGAUGGGAAAUAUAAGGUAUGGGAUUACACAAGAAUAGAGCAUGCGAAAACCAAGUUUAAAGAUAUUCUGGAAAUGCAGCCAACUUUUCAUAGAACAUUACGCACUGGUCAAGAACAGGCUAAACCAUUGUCAUUUCAGAGAGUAGACCCUAAUGACCCCAAUUCAGAAAUGUACUAUAUGCAGGACACACAAGGAUGUAUUUGGUUAGUAGAAUUAGCUGUCAAAGAAAGUUUAGCAGCAUCGAAAAUCAUUUUCCAAGCUCACGAUGGUCCGAUUGCUGAUAUAGCACCUUCGCCUGCUGGUUAUUACGUUGCUACUUUGGGGAGAGAAGGCAGAUUACACGUAUAUAAUUCAAAAAAUAAUAAAUCAUUAAUGAAGGUUCAAUUAUCAGUUUCUGGUUCUGCCUUGUUGUGGCUGCCGUCAAGUCUAGAUCCGACUAAUAGUAUUAUUAUAAUUGGAUGUGGGGAUGGAACUAUACGGAUUGCUGUACUUUCUAUAUGGGUCUGUGAAAUGAACCCAGGAGAGGAUGGUGAUAAUUUUAUUAAUAUAAUUCAGGCAUUUAAGCCCCAUAAUGGACCUAUUACAGUUUUAUCUUAUGACCCACAUAGAGAGAAUGAGAAAAUUGUUUUAAGUGGUGGUCUUGACUGUAGGGUAUUUAUUUAUCGGCUUGUAAAGUAUAAACAAGAUUAUUUGAGACUAUGCCCAAUUGGUUUUGUUUUACUGUCUCAUGAAGUAUAUUCUUUAACCUGGAACAGGAACAAGGAUUGCUUUCUUAUUAUAUCUUCCCAUGGAACAAUUACUGAAGUUGAAAUAACUCAAGACAUACCCAAUCCUCCUGUCAAUUCUUUUGAAAUCAAAUUGCCCACAAAAGUUUGUCAUUUUAAAAGUGUUAAAGCAGAAGUUAUGAGAAGCUUGGCUAUUGAACGGAAUAUGAAAAGAAUGGAAAGACGUAAAAUUCAUGAGAAGAAAAAACGGGAGUAUGAAAAAAAUUUACUAAAUGAAAGAAAAAAGAAAUUCGAAGAAUUGGACGUAUUUGCUGGUAAUUUGACAAAGGAAAGAUUGGUUAAAAAAGCAAAAUUAAGGGAAGAACGUAAAAUUAUGUUUGAGGAAAUGAAGGAUGCAGCAAGAGAUCAGUCAUUAUUGUUGAAGCAAAUGUAUCAGUAUGGCUCAUCAUGUAAUGAUAGUGAUGAUGGUACAGAAGUGAGGACAUUUAAAGAACAUGUGCUUUCAGAUUUGUCAACUGAUUCUGAUGAUUAUUCAGUAAAAGCUCCAAACACCAUUCUUAAAGAAUUUCAAGAAGUAGUUGAGAAGAAAAAAGAGAAAAGGGGUAAGGCUGAUGAAGUUUUUGGAGAAACUAUUAUAAACAAAGUCGGUAAUAAUGCUGUAAAAGAAAUAGAAAAAAAAUUCAAAGAACUUAAAAAAACAAAUUUAAAUGAAAAUACAAAACCAAAACACAACAAAUUUGAUGGAACUGAGUCUGAACUAAUGAUGAAUAAAGAAAAAACGGAUUGCAUGGGUUGCAAAGGAAAUGAGACUUGCAUUGAAGAAGAAAAUAAAAGUAAUUCUGAAGAUUAUUCAUAUUGUUCAUUAGGCACUCCAGAAGACAAAGUCAUUGUUGAUAAAUUAUUAAAAAUAAUAGAUGAAGAAAUCAGUUUUGAUGAUCUAGAUGUUAUAUCUGAAGAUGAAGAAGUACCGCCAAGAUAUAGCCCAGAGGGUCCUCCUACUCUGUAUUUUGCUGACUAUCUAAAUGAUAACUGCAUUUGGGUCUCUCCUGGAGGUUAUGAUGCUGGUUUAAUUUACGAAUAUGAGUUAGGUGCUGAUGAACCAUAUAAAUGUACUCCUAUAGCCGAAUUUGAAAAUACAGAAAUGUCUUGCUUUUUAUUUGUCAACGGAGGAUACUUAAUUAUCGGUCAAGGAGAUGGUGCUAUUAAAGUUGUAGAUAUAAAUCCUGAUGACUGUACUGAUUUUUCUAAUUACUGGCUCUAUGGAAUGCAUGACAACAUAAGAGGAAGGAUAAAAAAGAUUUCUAUAACUUAUGAUUGUCGGUAUCUUUAUUCUAUUGGAGAAGAUUCUAACAUAUUUUUUUAUAGUACCAAUUUGAUACGUACCAAGUUUAAAGAAAAACGGAAUUUUCCACAAGCGAUAUUGUUGCCUAAAGAGUUGAAAAUUGAUGACAUCAUCACCGCAGAUGCACACAGUCUAGAAGACUCAGUAAAACAAGCUGAAAAAGAUUGGAUGAAAAAUCAAGUAGAUGUCAAAGAGAUUAUGUUAGCUAAGCUCCAAAAUCUAGCAAAUAAAUAUGAAAUUUUAUUUUCACUAAAUGACGGACUUCCUGAGUCUCUGAGAUUUCCAUUGGACUAUUUUAUCAUAAAUGAAGACUAUAAUACCAGAUCCUUAAAUGUUUUAUUAGAUAAAAAAAAAGAACUAACUGAAGGAUUAGAAUUAGAAGUUAAGAAAGCAAAACAAAUCAGGAAUCAAAUUUUUGACUAUUUUCUUCAUCCAAUCAAGACAUUUAAAAUUUAUAUCUAUGCUCAUUCAUUUUAUUGUAAAGUUACAACAUUCUUUCAAGCAAAACUCACUGUUGCAUUUUUGAUGGCUGAAAGAGAAGUUGAGAAUAUUAUGUUUGAUAUUUUAAAAAAAGGCAGAGUGAACCCAACGAACCAGUUGGCUAUAAAAAAUGAACCUGUUGCUAAGAAAAGAUAUAAAAAAAAGGAUCUCGAAUUUGGUCCAUUUGUACCUGGAGAAGAUAAGAUGUUAAUUGAUAUGCCACGGUUGCAAAAGUCUAUUUACACAAGAAUCAUGCAGCGAAGAAAGAAGAGUAAAAUUUUAGAAAAUUUACUCAGAAUAUUCAAGCAUAAAAGUGAGGAUAACAGAAAAGAAUUUUUUGAUAACAUGAUGUUGAAACCAAAACCUUCACAAGAUGGGACUUAUAGAUUAAAGUGUGAUCCAUUAUAUAAACCAAUGCAUAACAUUUCAAAAGAAAUAAAAUUAUAUCAACUAAUUUCUACAAAGCGUAAAAUUCAUGAUUUAAUUACAUACUUUAAUGAAUUGACAUUAAGAGCAAGAGAUAUGAAAUCAAAUGCAGCAGCUCUAUCUAGUAAUUGUUACAAUGAUCUAAAAAAGAUGACAUCUGAAUUUACAAACGUAAUGUGGCCAAUGUAUCCUCAAAACAUUAAAAUAAACGAGCCUUUGGAAUUUCCUGAAAACUUGUAUUUGGACGAAGCUCCAGUUUUUCCUCAUCAAAAGCGUAUUACGUAUAACUAUCGAAAAAAAUUGUACCAUCAAUUGUAUGAGAUAAACAAAGAUUUUCCAAUCGAUAUGCAUGUCAUUGAAAGUGAUACAACCACUGAAUAUACUCCAUGGGAAAUAGAAUUUAUAGUCGAGAGGAAACAAUUUCUUAUAUCUGAAUAUCUCAAAAAGAAAUCUCUGAUGGACGAACUUUUAAUCGAUUAUGAUAAUGAAGUUAGAAAAUUGGCUGUUAUGAAAGUGGAAUAUGAAGUAAAAAUAUGUUACUCAAAGAUUUGUUUCUUGAAAUACAUGGAAGAAUUACAAAUUAUAAGAUCAUUUCAGUUGUUGGAAGAUGAAAUUGAUAGAAAAUGUAGUAUUUUUAUUAAGCAAAAGCAUAUAAAUAUUUUACGGAUAAACAUCACAAAAAAGAAAAUUGAUGAGUGUACUUUUGAUAUGCUAAAAUCAUUUAAACAAUGUCAAGUAAUUGCUACCAAUUUUAUGAAGUCAAUUCAGCACCAACCGGCAUCCUUAAAACGUUUUGUAUUGAAAUAUUUUAACAAAACGUGGGCUCAAGAGUUAAAAAAACAACAACAAGAAGGAGGAAGCGAAGAAGAUUUAAUUGCUGAAGAAGAAAAAUCUAGCAGCUCAUCAGAUGAUGAUAGUGGCCCACCAGAACCAGAUGAAGGUGAAAUUGAUUCUGACGAUAUAGAUCGGCUUGUUGCUGAGCAACAGGAAGAAUUCAUUGAAGUUGGUGUUGCUGAUAUGGCUGAGGAAUGUGGAAAAGAAUUAUUUGAUUUGACUAUAGAAACAAGAGAAAAAAGGUUAGUUCAUGAAAAGAAAAUUGCUGAGAAAAAAGAAGAAGUGAACAAAUAUAAUGAUGAAAUAAAAAGUAUUAGAGAAAAAGUGAUAAUGCUGCAGACUAUAAUCUCAAUACUUAAAGUGAAGAAAAGUUUGACUUCGGAGGAAAAAUAUAAACAGCUGAGCAAAAUUAGAACUGUAGUGGUAUUAGAUGCUUCUCAGAUGCAGCACUUUGAUGAAUCUACAGAAACCUUCUCCCCAAUGACAGAAACAGUUUUGUUUCCUCUAUACACUUUAAAAAAUCUUGAAGCAAGGAAAAGGAAAUUGAAAAACAAUAUACUAACUUCAAACCAAGAUCAGAAAGAAACUAUCAAACAUAUGCACAGGCUGCGCUUAGAUAUUGAUUAUUUGAAUUCGAAGUUAAAGAAUGUCCAGGAUAAAAUUAAAGAGGAGAAGAUCAAUAAAUUUGGUUUUGAAAUAAAUAUACCUCGUAUGGAAGAGACAAUACUUAGGAGAAUCAUAAAGGAUUACAAAUAUGACUCAUCCCCUUUUCAUAUGAAAUUUUAUGCUGAUCUUACAAGAUUACAGAAUGAACUGCAACAAGUGCAGAGAUCUACAGCUGAACAUAUAAAACAAAACACUUUUGAGCAACUACAGUAUGGAGCUCUUUUGGAACAAAGACGUCAGUAUAAAGAAAUAAUGAAAAAAUUGGAAACGCGAACACCGAUUCACUACGUGACGUCAGAACAGAUCGAUUUAGAUAUUGAAAAAUUACAACAUCUUAUUAUGGCUCAAGAAAAUCUUAAAGAAAGUAUUACAGCAGGAAUAUCUGAUUUAAAAUUUCAAGAAAUGCCAUUGCUUCGUAAGAAAAUAAGCUUGGUUAAGAGCAAAAUGGCUAAAGAUUUAAUUAAAUCUGAUGUUUCUAAUAAGAUGAAAACAGUUGUAUUUGAUGAUUCUGAAGAUGAAUUAAUAGAGUUCAAAACAGCUGAACGAAUCAACUUAGCUAGACAAAAAAAAGUUGAGGAAAAAGUAGUUGAAAGCCAUGAAGUAAAGAAGGAUGAGAACUUAAGUGAUGAGGAAGAAUAUAGUGAUGAAGAAAGUAGUGAAGAAGAAGAAGAAGAAGAAGGCAGUGAAGAGAGUUAUUAUGGAGAUUAA